CGCUUACAAACUUAAAACUUUGAAUACUUACGCCGCUAUUUACGUUAAAAAAAAUACAUAAUGUAAUUAUUUAUCCAUAAAAACCAAAUUCAUGGUCAUUAUCAUAACUCGCCAAACUAUUUUGGCAGUAACUUAAGAACACUCUAGAAAUAUUUCUAAAAUCAAAUAAAAUUAUUAAAACAUGAAAAAAAAAAAAUCUAAUUACUCCAUAAAUUUAUUUUUCCUUAAUUAAAUUUUUGAAUAAUAAAAUAAAGGUUACGUAUCAAUUAAUAAUUUUAUAUACUAAUUACUUGUAAGUAACUCCAAGUCCAACCAAAACAAUAUAAAUAGUCUCAAAAUCUGUAAAAAAAUAAAUAAAUAAAAUAAAAUAAAAAUUCAGCGGCCAUGGAUAACGGCAGCGAAGACCAUAGCCGAUUAGAGGCUCUGAAGAAAUUCGACGAGUCAAAAGCCGGAGUCAAAGGCUUAGUCGACGCCGGCCUCACCUCAAUUCCAAGCUUCUUCGUUCAUCCAUCGGAAACCUUAUCAGACCUGAAAAAACCCACUCAAAACCACACCCAAACACAAUCCAUACCCACAAUCGACUUAUCCGGCUUCGAUUCCGAUCGGCGCAGCGCCAUAGUCGAACAAGUGAGCCGUUCAGCAAGAGAGUACGGCUUCUUUCAGAUAAUCAACCACGGGAUCUCAUCAGAGAUUCUGGACCGUACGAUCAAGGUAGUGAAAGGGUUUCACGAACAGCCUUUAGAAGCUAAAGAAAAGUAUUAUGGUAGAGGAGGUGGGACCGGGUUUAGUUACAUGUCAAAUGUUGACUUGUACCAAUCAAAAGCUGCCAGCUGGCGUGACACGAUGACUGUGAGACUUGACGCUGUGACGUUAGACACUGUUCCGGAGAUUUGUAAGGAAGCGGUGGCGGUGUGGGACCGGGAAAUUGUUAAGUUGGGUGAGAUUGUUUUGGAACUUGUUGGGGAAGGGUUGGGAUUGUGUGUGGGAAGGUUCAGGGAAUUGAGUUGUUUGGGAUCGAGGACUAUGGUGGGACAUUACUACCCGUACUGCCCGCAACCUGAUCUAACGGUGGGACUUGGUUCUCAUGCUGACCCGGGAUUGCUGACGUUGCUUUUGCAAGAUCAUAUGGGUGGGUUGCAAAUUAAGUCUGGUGAUGUGUGGAUUGAUGUUAAGCCUCUUCGUGGAGCUAUUGUGGUCAACGUAGGAGAUUUGCUUCAGAUUAUGUCAAAUGAUGUAUACAAAAGCGUGGAUCACAGAGUGUUGGCUAAUAUGAAUAGAGAACCAAGAGUGUCUACUGCAGUUUUCUUGUAUCCAAGUAAAAGAGAGGAACUAUAUGGUCCUUUGCCAGAGCUAACAUCGAAAGAAAAACCGCAAUUGUAUCGACAGUUUACCUUGACAGAAUUCUUGCGAAGGUUCUUCACCAAGGAAUUGGAUGAGAAAUCCUUAAAGAAUUUCUUUAAGAUCACCACUUGAUUUCACUCAAACCUAUGAUAUAUUUAUUAUUACACAAGCUUUUCUGGAUUUUCUCACUAUUGUAUUUGUAUUGUUUUCUGUAAACUUUGUCUUACUUCAUCUAAUGAAGUUUCUCUGUCAAAACAUAACUAUCAAGUAAAUAAUGUAUGUUUGUGUUAUGUAAACAGACAGAAGAUACUGUUACCCUUUGAA